GUUGUCCUCGGAUGCAAUUUGGUUGCGGAGACGCCGGUUAAGCUUUGCAUUUGAAAGCCCGCCGAAAUUCCCCGAUACAACAUCGGAAGAACAACACUACCAACACACCUACCAUGUUGUGCUCCUCGUUCCGUUCAGCAACCGCCUCCGUAGGUCUGGGACGGCGAGCAGCGUCUACCAUCGCUCAAAAGUACUCCAAGGCUGUUUAUUCGGCUGCUCUUUCGAAAUCACCGCAGACACUCACCAAAGUCCAGUUGGAGCUGAACGCCAUCUCUAAUACCAUCAAAGAGGUACCUGACCUCAAAGCGUUCGUCAGCAACCCGACGCUAUCUGCCAAGGAUCGCUCUGCGGGCCUCGCUGUCGUAUAUGCUCAUGCAGAAAGCACUGGUCUGAAGAAGGAGCCUGUCUCCGACAUAACUAAAAACUUGUUCGGUGUUCUGUCGGAGAAUGGUAGACUUGGAGAGACACAGGGUGUUAUCGAGGGUUUUAACGAGUUGGUCGCGAAAUACAAGGGAGAAUUAGAAGUGGUUGUCACGUCUGCCACUCCACUGCCCAAGGAUUUGUCCUCCCGGCUGGAGACUAUCCUCAAGCAGUCUCAGACAGCUCAACAAGCAAAGUCGCUGAAAAUCACGAACAAGGUCAACCCUUCGGUUCUCGGCGGUAUUGUGGUCGAUUUCGGCGAUAAGAGCAUCGACCUCAGUGUCUCGUCGCGUGUCAACAAGCUCAACAAUGUUCUGCAGCGUAUGUUUUACUUGUUUCUACUUGUUUGGUGGCUGAUCUCUUGCACAGAAUCCGUAUAGAUACGUGCAUGCCUUAGUUGAGAUUGCAGUUGGUCGGGAUUCCACGACACGACAAAGGGGAGGAGGGCGUCGUCGAGUAACCUUUUUCUGACCUAGCCAACGCAAUUUAACAUAAUCGUUUUCGUAGUGUGAAGCUAUUGCACUGUCUUCAACGUUGCUUCAACUUGUGGUAGACCAUUCAUCAGAAGGAAGACAGUUGUUCCUUCUCAAUAAUGCUGGCAACUGUCAAAUUAUUUUUUCAAAUAUCUAGAGCUAUACAAGAAACAGUCAUUCCUACUGUACCUACCUGUGUACACGUGAAUCUCGUGUAUCAUGGUUAUCAUCAUGAAGCUCA